UGUUCAUUGACGUGUAUACCGGAUAAUAGAUCUACUGUCCGAUUCAUGGUGGCGACAGUGACAACAAUUGUAGAUUACGCAUAAAACUAGAUAUAGAUCUAGAUCUAGACUUUAUUGGAUAAAUAUACAUUGUAGCUCUACAUUUACAGCUCCCAAUCAUAGCUGUACAUUUACUGGAUUAGAAUGCUGACUAAAUUUGAAACAAAGUCAGCUAGAGUCAAAGGGCUGACAUUUCACCCUAAAAGACCCUGGGUGUUAGCCUCUCUCCACAACGGUGUCAUCCAGCUCUGGGACUAUCGUAUGUGCACACUGAUUGACAAGUUUGAUGAGCAUGAUGGUCCUGUGCGUGGCAUCAACUUUCACCAACAACAACCCCUGUUUGUAUCAGGUGGUGAUGACUACAAGAUUAAGGUUUGGAAUUAUAAGCAAAGACGAUGUCUCUUUACAUUAUUAGGUCACCUGGACUACAUUCGCACAACAUUUUUUCACCAUGAAUAUCCUUGGAUUUUGAGUGCGUCUGAUGACCAGACAAUUAGAAUUUGGAACUGGCAGUCUCGUACAUGUAUAAGUGUGUUGACUGGACACAGCCAUUAUGUUAUGUGCGCCCAGUUUCAUCCUUCUGAGGACAUGGUGGUCUCAGCCUCUUUGGAUCAGACUGUCAGAGUUUGGGAUAUCUCUGGCUUAAGAAAGAAAAAUGUGGCCCCAGGACCUGGUGGUAUUGAAGACAGACUACGAAAUCCCGGCCAGACUGACCUCUUUGGUACAUCUGAUGCUAUUGUUAAACAUGUCUUGGAAGGUCAUGACAGAGGCGUCAAUUGGGCAGCAUUUCACCCCACUCUGCCCCUGAUUGUUUCUGGUGCUGAUGACAGGCAAAUCAAGAUGUGGAGAAUGAACGAGUCUAAAGCCUGGGAGGUAGACACCUGCAGAGGUCACUACAACAAUGUAUCAUGUUGUCUGUUUCAUCCUCGUCAGGAGUUAAUACUCAGUAAUUCAGAAGACAAAAGUAUCAGAGUCUGGGACAUGAGCAAAAGAACUGGAGUUCAAACAUUUAGAAGAGAACAUGAUAGAUUCUGGGUUAUGGCAGCUCAUUCCACUCUCAACCUCUUCGCAGCAGGUCAUGAUGGUGGUAUGAUUAUAUUCAAAUUGGAAAGAGAGCGUCCACCAUUUGCUGUUCACAACAAUAUCCUGUACUAUGUCAAAGAGAAAUAUUUGAGAAAACUGGAUUUCACCACAUCAAAAGAUGUUGCUGUCAUGCAGCUCAGAGGUGGCUCAAGAGCGCCCAUCUACUCUAUGUCUUACAACCCUGCUGAGAAUGCCAUUUUAUUGUGCACUAAGUGCUCUUCUAAUGCUGAAAACAGUACAUAUGAUCUUUAUAUUGUGCCCAAAGACUCUGAUUCAUCAAACCCAGAUGCCCCUGAAGGGAAAAGGUCAUCGGGUUUAACUGCUGUUUGGGUUGCUAGAAAUAGAUUUGCUGUUUUGGACAGAACUCAUUCAAUCAUCAUUAAAAACUUGAAGAAUGAGAUCACUAAGAAAGUUCAGGCUCCCAACUGUGAAGACAUUUUCUAUGCUGGCACAGGCUGUCUGUUAUUGAAAGAACCAGACACUGUCACCUUGUUUGAUGUCCAGCAGAAGAGAACUCUUACUUCUGUGAAAAUCUCCAAAGUCAAGUUUGUCAUAUGGUCAAAUGAUAUGUCUUUAGUGGCUCUGAUCAGUAAACACAUCAUCUCCAUCUGCAACAGAAAGCUAGAAAACUUGUGCACCAUCCAUGAAAACAUUAGAAUCAAGUCUGGCUCCUGGGAUGAAAGUGGUGUCUUUGUCUAUACAACAUCCAAUCAUAUCAAAUAUGCACUGACCAAUGGUGACCAUGGAAUUAUUCGAACAUUGGAUCUACCUAUAUACAUCACAAGGAUCAAAGGCAACUCAGUUUACUGUUUGGACAGAGAGUGCAGACCAAGGGUGCUGAGUAUUGACCCAACAGAGUUCAAAUUCAAAUUAGCUUUGGUCAACAGAAAAUAUGAGGAGGUCCUUCACAUGGUUAGAAAUGCUAAACUGGUUGGCCAGUCUAUCAUCUCUUAUUUACAAAAGAAAGGUUAUCCUGAGGUGGCAUUACAUUUUGUCAAGGAUGAGAAAACUAGAUUUGGACUGGCUCUUGAGUGUGGUAAUAUUGAGAUUGCCCUGGAGGCUGCUAAAGCUUUGGAUGAUGCUGCAUGUUGGGAGAAACUAGGAGAAGCUGCUUUAUUGCAGGGCAACCACCAGAUUGUGGAGAUGGCUUACCAAAAGACAAAAAAUUUUGACAAGCUGUCCUUUUUAUACCUGAUCACUGGCAACUUGGACAAGUUGAGAAAAAUGAUGAAGAUAGCUGAAAUUCGCAAAGAUACCAGUGGUCAUUAUCAAAAUGCUCUUUUGCUUGGGGAUGUUGCUGAGAGAGUCAAGAUUCUGAAAACUUGUGGACAGAAGUCUCUGGCUUACCUGACUGCUGCUACACAUGGUUUGCAAGAGGAGGCAGAAGAACUCAAAUCUGGGUUUGGAGAAGGAGAGAGAGUUCCUGACCUCUACCCUCAUGCCUCACUGCUUCAGCCCCCUGUACCCAUUACUCAGCAAGAAUCUAACUGGCCACUGCUAGCUGGCUCAAAGGGAUUCUUUGAAGGAGCAAUGAGUCGAGGAGGAAAACAGUCUGUCAUGGCAGCGGCCAUCCUACACGAUGAUGAUGCUGGAGCUGGUGGUGGAUGGGGUGAUGAUGUGGAGGCACUAGUUAUAGAUGAAGAAGGUGGAUUUGCUGAAGGCCUGGAUGAAGAAGGCACUGCAGAAGAAGGAGGAUGGGAUGUUGAAGAUUUGGAACUCCCAGCAGACAUAGAUAUGAGCACUGCAGCAACAGGUGCUGGUGAAGAAGGUUACUUUGUCCCACCAAGUAAAGGAACCAGUCAGUCACAGGUCUGGUGUAAUAACUCCCAGUUGCCUGUGGAUCAUGUACUUGCAGGAUCCUUUGAGACAGCCAUGAGACUACUCCAUGACCAGAUAGGAGUUGUCCAGUUUGAUGGCUACAAGCAACUGUUUUUACUAACUUACAGUCGAGCUAGAACUUGUUAUGUUGGUCUGCCUUCAAUUCCCCCUCUCUUUGGAUACCCUCACAGGAACUGGAAAGAUGCAGGUCCUAAAAGUGGUGUACCUGCAGUUGGUCUCAAACUAGCUGCACUGGUACAACAGUUACAGACAGCUUAUCAGUUGACAACAGCUGGAAAAUUUGCUGAUGCCAUUGACAAAUUUAGAUCCAUUUUGCUAAGUGUUCCAUUAUUAGUUGUUGAUUCUAAACAAGAAAUUGCUGAGGCCCAGCAGCUCAUUGAGAUCUGCAGAGAGUACAUUGUAGGUCUAAGUAUGGAGAAUGUACGAAAAGAAAUGCCCAAAUCUACUCUAGAAGAACAGAAGAGAUUAUGUGAGAUGGCUGCCUACUUCACACACUGCAACCUUCAACCAAUCCACCUCAUUCUGACUUUAAGAACUGCUCUCAAUCUCUUCUUCAAAUUGAAAAAUUACAAAACUGCAGCAUCCUUUGCUCGUCGUCUGCUGGAGCUGGGACCCAAGCCUGACAUUGCACAGCAGACUCGAAAAAUUUUAGUGGCCUGUGAAAAGACACCAACAGAUGAACAUGAAUUGAAAUAUGACCAACAUAAUCCAUUUGACAUUUGUGCAGCCUCCUAUGUUCCAAUCUAUAGAGGAAAGCCAGUUGUGAAAUGUCCAUUGAGUGGAGCAUGUUACCUUCCAGAGUUCAAAGGUCAAGUGUGUAGAGUCACCAAAGCUACAGAAAUAGGAAAAGACUGCAUAGGACUACGUAUAAGCCCAAUUCAGUUCCGCUAAAUAGAACAAAUACAUACUUGGAUAUUGGGACACUAGUUUUGUUUUCACUUUGACUAUUACUUGUGAUACUUGCAUUGUUACAAACUAUGUACCAGGACACUUGGUGUCCCCAGCCUUGUGCUAUUAGAAACAUUGGUUAGGACUUAGGGAAAUGCAUUUUAUUUCUGUGACAUUCUACUGUUCCAUUGGUUUACUUUAAUUUUGUGUAUACUUUUGAUAAGAAUAUGUCAACAUGUCCUUUCAUGGUGUGAAAAUAUAUUUGAACUUAUUCAUUUAGGGGAAAUCUUUUUUUUUCUGACAUUGUAACCAUGCUGUUGUUUUUUAAAUUAUUUGGAGGGGGAGGGCUUACUACUUUGUUGUACUCAUUAGAAACUGACAAUGAAUUUUUUCUUCAUUGUAUUUUUAGAGACUUUCUAAACUUUUUGUUUUGAUUAGCUAUUGAUAAAUAAAUGUGUAUAACAAUUAAA